GCCGCAAAACCACCCUGCCCCUCCCCGCGCUUGCCGCUCCUCGUUUCUCUGACGUUCUUGUUGCCUGCGACUGGUCUGCAUUUGCAUUUUACCUACUCCAUUGUUCCGCGUGUCGAGAUUGUUCACCCCGUUUCUUGCGACGUGUUGAGACAUGAUCUCUUGCCAUCGCAAUGGCCACCGAAACUGUCGAGCCGUCGACACGUAAUACUGCGCCACGCGCCCCGAUGUCGCCAGCAAAGGAUGGUAUCUACGAGAAGGAGAAGGAGAAGACGCUGGCCGCCACGGUGCGACCGGCGCAUCAACGGGCUGUAAAUCCUUUUGUGAUCACACAGCGUUCUGAGGAGAAGCAACUAGGAGUAUCCGCCAAAGGCUUACGGCUCAGUGACUUGGUUCUAAUCAAGACGCUGGGGACUGGUACCUUUGCGCGGGUCUGGCUGGCACGACUCAAAGGAGAAGAGGAGAGGAAAAAUAAGGUCUUUGCAUUGAAAGUGCUGCGCAAGGCAGACGUCAUCAAACUGAAGCAAGUCGAACACGUCCGCAACGAACGUAAGACGCUGGCCGCCGUUGCCGGGCAUCCGUUCAUCACGACUUUAAUAGCGUCCUUUACCGACGAGCAGUCUUUAUACAUGCUGCUGGACUACUGCCCUGGAGGCGAGAUCUUCAGCUACCUGCGCCGGGCGCGCCGAUUUAACGAAUAUACGUCCAUAUUCUACGCCGCUGAGAUUACGAUGACGAUUGAGUUCCUCCACGAUGUCCACGGGGUCGCCUACCGCGAUCUGAAACCGGAAAACAUACUUCUCGACGCCGACGGCCACCUGAGACUCGUUGAUUUCGGUUUUGCGAAGCAGGUGGGCAACCGGGAGACGUACACCCUCUGCGGUACACCUGAGUAUCUCGCCCCCGAAGUCAUCCACAACAGCGGCCACGGGCUAGCGGUCGACUGGUGGGCGCUCGGUAUCCUCAUCUACGAGUUCCUAGUGGGACAGCCGCCGUUCUGGGACCAGAACCCUAUGCGGAUCUACGAGCAGAUCGUUGAGGGACAUGUGCGGUUCCCGCAUAGCAUGGCCCCCGCCGCUCGGGAUAUCGUCUCAGCCCUGUGCAAGACCAACCCGAGCGAGCGGCUAGGGCACAUCUCAGGCGGUUCUGCGAGGGUCAAGGCCCAUGCGUUCUUCAACAGCGUCAACUGGGACGACCUUUACUAUCGCCGGAUCAAGGGCCCCAUCAUCCCCCGGGUGGACCAUCCGGCCGACACGGGAAAUUUCGAAGAGUACCCCGAUCCGCCGGACCCGAGCAGUCAAACUCCCUAUACGGAAGAUUUGAAGAGAAAAUAUGAGCCUUUGUUCAAUGAUUUUUAAAACCAGACACGACAAAGUGAGUAUAAACAUACUUCUGAAAAUACGACAGUAAUCGCCAUGACCCGAUAUAUACACCUGUGAUGUCCAUCUAUCUAUCUACCUUUUUGUUUUUACUGCUUGGAGUUUACGGCCGAUCUAAUCUUGAAAUCCUUUCCGACUCAAAUGGCUGGACGUUGAAUCAUCUCCUCCAGCUACACGCCACACUUUGCCAUUUGUAUAUAACUUACUAAAUGACUGCGAUGCGUUGAGUUAUGAGCGGGUUGGGGG